AUGGGUUUUGGCUACAAAGGAUCAAAAUUUCAUCGUGUUAUCAGAAACUUUAUGAUUCAAGGUGGUGACUUCACUCGAGGAGACGGCACAGGAGGAAAAUCAAUUUAUGGCGAACGGUUCGCUGAUGAAAACUUUAAAUUACACCAUUAUGGACCUGGAUGGUUGAGUAUGGCAAAUGCGGGUCAAGACACUAACGGGUCACAAUUCUUCAUUACUACUGUACAUACACCAUGGCUUGAUGGGAGACACGUUGUUUUUGGAAAGAUUUUGGAGGGAAUGAAUAUUGUUCAUGAGAUUGAAGAUGGCGAAACUGGUGGUGGGGACCGCCCAAAGUUGGACGUUGUUAUCGUGGAUUGUGGAGGUUUUUUUUGA